CUUGGGUAACAAGGUCAUCAACAUUAGUUGCUUCAAAAGAGAACAAAUAUUCAAUAAUUUAGUGGCUUAGUUGAUUUUGUGAUGUGAUUCUUAGUGAAAUGCGUAGUACUGACUUCGAAAAGAAGUGGUGAAAAUCAAAUAUCAGAAAUGUUACUGCCUACCUAAAGGAAAUCUCUGUUACUUCUACCGCUGUACAAUGUAAAACAAACCGAGAAAAUGUCAAACAUCAACUGUUUCAACUCGGUAUCACCUGAUUUUUCCCCGGAGGGCAGCUGUUCCAGAGUAAUAAAAAGUGGAAAGGAAAUAAGAAUGAACGGUGAUAUGUGCAGUGAAAAUUUGUUACCAAAUAAUAACAUUUGUGAUGAAAUGGUGUCUUCAUUGUAUAUUAAAAACGAAAAGAAUGAGGUUUUAAAAGACUGUGAUUCUUACGAGAGUGUAUCUCAAAGUACUAUAAAGGAAGAAUGUGAAGACAGUUCCGAGAUGGAGGUGAAAGAAGAAAGCGACAAUUGUUCUGCAAAUGUUUCCGAGGAUACAAACUCUGUUAACGAUGGUAGCACCACCGAUUAUCAAAACAUGGAAGCCCAGUCGGCUGAUCCUUACAAUAUUAAUAAUGAAAAAUCCUUUGGGGAUGUCAGUUUUGAGCCUUCGGAACACAGCAAUGGUGUUGUGAGGAAAACUAAUCAUAAGAAGAAGAAGUUGUCUAGUGGACCCGGGAGGGGAAGACCUAGGAAGGCGCUUGUGGCCAUGUAUCAUAGUCAGAUCAGUGGUGACAAAGACACUAUUAAAAUUCGAAUUAAAAAAAGCAAUUUCACUACACAAGUACAGUUAACCCCUAACAAAAAGAAAUCAGGUCGUCGGAAAAAACACAAAAUAGCUUCCGAUACCGACGCUUCAGACUAUGAAAAGAAACCUAAACGAAGUAGGACGGCCGCGGCCUGCGACAACGACGUGUCCAGCACGCAGGAACCCGAACCCCUAGUCCAGGGGCCCUGGGGCAGCCCCGAAAUUUUGCCAGUUCCGAUACUUGAAAGAAUAUUUCAUUUUGCAGUCGCACAGGACGGAUGCCUUCCGUCACUAAUAAGGUUCGGCAAAGUAUGUCGUUUGUGGCGUGAUGUGUCUCUCUUACCAUCGUUGUGGUCCAAAGCUGACUUGAAUUAUGUUAAGGAGAAGUACAGGAACGAUUUGAGGAUCCAUUGGCUCAUACUUAACAGGCUUAUGAAGUGCCAAGAUCUCAAUAUGGGAGAGUGGAAAGUCCGUGAUAUUCAGUCCUUCCUAGAGGCGCUGUGCGAGCACUGCUCACUAUUAAAGGGGUUGAAUUUGAGCGGAUGGAAAGGCAUUACGCCAGAUCACAUAAAGUACCUCACGACGGAGAGCAAGAAGCUGGAACGCCUCGACUUAUCAUCAGUCAAUUCUACGUCGCCGAUAAAUGCGCAGCCGUUGGUUCAACUCAGCCAGACAAUGUCGACCCGUCUGACGCACCUCGUACUGGCCCACAACAAAAUUGCCGGGUUCACACAGAUUGUGACAGCUAUCGCUACGAAUUGUCCAAACUUGCAACUGCUUGAUCUCUCGAAUGUCAGGACGUUCGCUCACAAUAUGUCUCUCCUGCACGUGGAAAAACUACAAAUUGGGUGUCCUAAGUUGAGGGUCCUGCGCAUCACCAAUAGUCAGAUAUGGCUAGCCCCCGCCAGUUUGACCGAGCAGGUCGCCUCUCCUGGUUUUCCUAUGCUGGAAGAACUGUCAUUAGCCGGUCUCGAAGAGGACCAAACAACUACUUCACGGACAGUAGAUGACGACUGCAUUGAACGGUUGCUUAAAAGCAGCAAUAAAUUGCGUUUGUUGGACGUAAGGGGAUGCAGUAAACUUACCGAUUCUGGAUUGGUUCGGGUCCCAGCUUGGGAUCUGGAACACUUGUUUUUGAGCGCUUGUUACAUAACCAGAUUACAUAACUCCGGUCUGGAAUUGAUUGUUCAAAAAUGGGCUCACAGUCUUUUAGAGGUCGAUUUGGCAUGGUCCACGGCCGCCGCCCCGUUAGAUGCUGCGGUGUUUGCGCUGGCUGAAAAGGGCCCGGAAUCCAAGUUAAGGAUCCUCAACCUGUGCGGCUCGUCGGUCAGUCUGGACCCCGUGAAGGCGGUGCUGACGAAAUGCUCCAAGUUGCAUUCCAUAAAUUUGCAGUCGUGCAGGGCACUGCCACGGGGUAUAAAACGUCUCUAUACUGGCAGCCAGGUCGGCGAGCUCAGGAUCAGCUUACAGGACAAGCCAAAGACUGAAGUGAGUGAGUCAGAAAACGAACGGUCACCCGCUCAGGCGGCGGCGUCACCCAAGAAUGAGUGAUUUUGUUGUUUAAAGCUGAUGUUACUCGACUCGGAAGGAUUGCGCAUGUCUCAAUAAUAAUCCUGAAUGGAGCGCGGUGUUUUGAAGACGCUGUUAAGAGCUUUGACGGUUAGUGAUCACUUUCAAUAAACGAGAAAAGUUUUAAUAAAAAAGGAUUCCUCAUUCUUGUUUACACAAUUUUUUUUUUUUUGGUAAAUUCAGUGUAAUCAUUUUAACAAGGCAUUUUUACAGGUUAAUAUAUUGUUUUGUAAAAGAAUACUCCUCGGGACACGAAAUUUGGCAAAAAUUGCGAUAAAACAAGGCCUUUUCUGAUAAAAACAUUUCUUUGUACUUUCCCUCUUUUUCGUAAGUGUGGCAUAGAGCUUAAGAACACGUUAAUACUGUUUCAAACCUUUCAGUCAACGUUGAUUGCAUUGCUUUAAAAAAGAUAAUGAGUAUCGCUGAUUAAAAUGUACCUUUUUUAUGAACUAUUUUCUUGAUUAUAAAAAAUUAUUUCUAGAGUUUGGCAAAUUUGGAAUAGUAGAUUCAGACUGAGGAAAGUAGGCACACGAAUUUAUUAAAUCGUGUCCCAAAAGUAACGUAGGAUUUGUAUUGUGUGCCAUUUUCAUUCUGAAGAGUUGGCAGCAUUGUGCAAGGUCAUAUGUUGUAGUAAACAUGUUUCGGUUAGACAAAAUGGAGCGCUAUAUGACGGAUGAGCCAUCAUUGUUAAAAUCCGACGCAUUGAGCUUUUUGAAAUUUUUAAUUGUAAUGAUCGACAGCAUACUGAGGCUACAGGAAUUUUCGCCACACCAUCAUUCACCGUACCAAUAUUUUCAGCUGAAUGGCCAGUACGAGACCGUGUUUUUUUAUUGUUUGCAACCGAAUCCGUUUGUUCAAAUUUGACAACGAAUAUUUUCGCAGUUGUUUCAUUUGGGGCAUUACUUCUAGUGAAAAUUCCCCAUAAUUUGCGCACAAUCUCAGCUACACACCCUCACUAUUCAAAUCCUGGGUUACUAUUGCGACACACUUUAGUUGGAGUAUAUUAUAUAUUUAUAUUUAUAACACUACAAAAUUUAUAAUGCAGCAUUAGGUAUAGAGCAAACAAUCAUACAUUUUGCAUCAAAAUGAAUACACUGCUAAAAAUGGAGAUUAAUUUCAAAGUUGAUUUCUUUGCAAAAGACUGAUAUGAGUUUAACGAUUUAUUAUUUUUUUGAAUUAUAAGUUUAUAUCUCACUUAUUAAAAUUAUAAUUUUCGGCUUAUACAGUGUGGGAGAGAAUAAUUUGUUUCCUAAUAUGUUAAACACUAGGGUGCACUAGUUAAAAUUUCAAAUGUUGACUUGUAUCCAACUAUAGCGCCAUUUUUCUAAAUAAUUUCUUUUAACUACUCAUUACCUUUGUUAUUAAAUGAGAUACACGAUUAACAACUUAUUGCAAAAAAGCAAUAGAAGUAAAUUGUCAAACCCUACAUACCCCACUUUGAAUGACACUGAGAACAUGCCUUGAAAAUACAUGCAACCUCAUUGAUCAAGAAAAUUUGUAACAUCUGGUUUUGCACGACUCAUUGAUGUGAAGCCGUUAUUAGAAGUUUUAAUUAAUUUUCUUCCUUGUUUUUGUUAUUGAUUUCGUUUCUUGGAUUGAUGCGUUUUAAUUUAACUUUGUAUCUCAAAUAAUAACAAAAAUAAUGACAUGAAUAAAAAAUUUGAUUAUUCAGAAGAUAUGGGAUUACAGUUUGAUUUGAAUAGACAUUCAUUUUAACUAACGUUACUAUGGGAAACAACUAGUGCCCCGUCCAGCAGAAUUCGCAGACGGAACCACGAAACUCAGACUGGUUUUGAACUUGUUAGUUCUCAUUAAUGUGCCAUUGGUCUGUGUCUGGUGACUUUACCUACUUUUUAGCAGAUAUUGUGUGUGUGUUAGUUAAUGCAUAAUAUAAGUCUUGCUUUCACAAUACCUAUAGAUUAGAAGGUAACUAUUGGUCAGUAAGUACAAAGCAACACUUUGUGUCAGUAGGCAUAGAGUAAAAUUGAAGAGGACCUAGUUUGUAGGUUAUAUCUCUUCAAUAGACAUUUUCUACGAGGUGUUUAAAAUUUCAAAAUGUAAAAUUAUCAUAAAGUUUAAACUGAAGAAUAAACUUAGGUUGGAAGAAAAUUAACAUUGAAUUGGUGAUCAUAGUGGGUUGUAACACAAACUCUAUAUUAUAACUUUUAAUAAAAUCAUUAUUUGCGCAUAAAUUGAUUUGAGCAAUAAUUUUCAAAGCAUUUUUUAAAUUUUUAGUUGGUGUUUUAAAAAAACUUGGUUGAAUGAUCUUGAGCAGUCUACGAUUUUAUUUCAGUUUAGAUAUUUGACAGAAUUAUUUUUUCCAUUUUUAUGCAUUUAGAGAUGAUAAAUAAAAACAAACCACUUAUAAAAAAACUAAAAGCUUUCCUUGUGGCAAACUUUUUUUAUUUUGUGCUAAAUUAUUCUUUUGAUUAUAAGUAAUAGAAGAUCUUCGAUAGAAAAUUUGACCUGAGGUAUCGAUGCUCAAAUGUCUGAACAAAUUCAAUUUCAACGGUCAUCUUGCAUUGCAUUUCAAAAAAAUCUCGUAUUUUAUAUGGAGUGAUCAGCUUCAACUCUGGUGAGGGUAUUUUUGCAACAGUUAAGAAAUCUGGUAGAUGUUUGAGGAUAAUAUUGAGACAUUUGCGAUUCUUGCCACACAAAAAUUGUGUUUUGAUAAUUGUUUUCUUAGAUUUAAGUAUUGUUUGUCAUACAAAGAUAAUCGGUUAUCUAAUAAUUUCUUGAUAAUAUAUUUGCGAUUAAGGUACAAAACAGUUUUCUUAGGAUUGAAGUGUGCAAAACACAAUUUUUUUUCUUUGAAUAAAAUGUUUUAUGAUUGUUCUGUUUUUCGGAAUUUGUAUUUAUUGUAUUUUAGGCUUUAUUUAAUUUUAUAAAUUUUAUAUAUCGUCAUUGAAUUUAUUACCCUUAACGGCAAUUUUAAUUGGAAAAUUAUAUAGUUGUUACAGUUUUGAUUUUGUAAGAUUAUAUUAAAAGAUAAUAUUGUACAGUACCUGUCUUUUCGAGAAGAAAAAAAAAAGUGGUUAACACCAAGAUAUAAUAUUAAAUUUCAAUGAAACCUUGCAAUUGAAUUUGAGAAUCUCUUGUAUAUUUAUAAAAUUUAUUAUCCUAGAGAAAUUAUCGCAAGCACCAAUGUAUAAAGAACUGUUUUCUAAAGUAUUUAUUGGGAGGUUUCUGAAAUUGUCGUCAAAAAUUAUUACUGCCCGCGUGAAGAAGAGUUUAUGUAUUUGUUCUAGAGAUAUUAUAAAAAUUAACAGUCUAUUAAGGGGCAGUUGGAAUUUUUUGAUGUAGAAUUUUUCGAAAGGGGUAGCAAUAUUAACCAAGACCACUGUAUCGUUAAGAGUUCGUGAAAAUCGGGAACAAUUUUUAUUCAAUUUGAAAUCUAUAAUUGAAAGUAUACAUUAUACAGGGUGUUUUGGGAAAUGGUACCAUUUAGAGAUUGGAAGGUCAAAAAAUGUUUUCUUAUAGGUCAUGGACAUAUAAUUUUUUUUGUUGAAUUCAAAAAAAAUAUUAAAUCAAAUUUUAGCCAUAUAUUUUCCAAACUACAGCAAAAUGUAUUGAAAUCUGGUGCAGAUAAGUUUUCAAUCUGCUAGAGAUCACUAGUUACGACUUUAUCCAGUAACAUCGUAUAACAAUAGCUUUUUUACAAUGUCUUGUUAAAUUCGUUGAAAAUGCACUGUUUUGAGGCCCUAUAUCUCAUAAACAGAUAAUAGAUUGUUGGUCUUCUGAAAAAAAAGAUGUCUUAUAUCUGUAUGUUCCAUCGGCCUCCGACUUAUUCCAAAACACCCUAUGCGGGGGGUCGGAGAUAAUGUAUAUAUUUAGAUUAGUAAGAUGCAAAAUUUCAUAGUAAACAUUAAUAGAAUAAAUGUCUUAGAAUUCAAAACAGUGCAACUAAUUUGAAUUGUGUAAAGUUGCCGUGAAGUGAAAUAGGUGCAUCUUGCCUUGUCAAUUCUGAAAUUUUGGUUGAAGGGGAUUGUAAUAUUGUGCCUAAAAAGUUAUCCCCCACAAAAAUUGAUUAAUUUUAUUGCGUUUAGCUUUCAUAUUUGAAGGCUCGUGUACUUUUAAUUAUAGAUAUAUAUUGCUGGAUGUUCGGAAGCAAUUUUUUUUUUGAGGUACAAAAUAAUACCCUUUUGAGGAACUCUAAUAAAAUAAAUACCUUAGAACUCGUAUAGUGUGUGUGUAAAUGUGUAGAAAAUUUCUGUUGUAUAUUCUGUCAAGUCAGUAAAAUCAAUGUUUUCUAACAGAUAAAUAUUAUAUGGUUACAUUAUUUUUUACAUUUGUGCACUUAAAAUAUAAUCUGUACUAAUA